GGGAAAUGCCACUUGCGACAUCGGAACCGACUUGAUCAAUUUCAAUUAGCCAUGUCUACCACCUUGGGUUUUUAUUCUUAUCUUAUCCGUUAAGAUGACGACAGACCAAGAGAGAUAAGCAGCACGUUAACCAUUCUUAAUUUCUCUUACUUUUUCUCGCGACAUCAGCAAGCUCUCUCAAGAUCAAUGGGACACUGAAAUCACUACUUUUUGCUUUGUUCUUUCCUCCUGGCCCGGAGCUCGAAGAGUUCAUCCCACCCCACCUGUCAAAGCUGAGCUUCUGGGGAGCUCCUGGCAGCUUGGACUUCGGAUAUUUUAGGGCGCGGGAGCAACCGAGCGCACAGGCCAGUUGCUGUUUCUCGGGCCGCCCAAUCGGGUACUGAGUGCCAAGAUCGAUGGAUUGCCAGCGCUUCAGCUGAGACGCGGCGGAUCGGGCAAACACCGACACUGGGAAAGGAUGAAUCCAUCACCAGCGAUCCGCUGACCACCCCGAUGACGCGCCUAUUGCGAGGACUCAGAUAACAUAUUUACCCCGAAUUAGGUAACGGGCGAACUCCAGCCUUCUAAAGCGGCGAGCGCACGAUGGCCCACGACGAGAGCGCCCAAGGACUCCUCAAGGAGUCCUCCACCAGACGGUCUCGCUCCAGCGAUCGCGGUGAUAACGCUGCUUUUGACUCCGACUCGGAUCUCGACGCUACCGAUUACAUUGACCGCGAAGCUGCCCGCCCAACGAGACGAUCGCCGACCGCUUCCUUCGAGCCAAACACAAAAGGCAAAAAAAGAUCGUGCUCGUGCCUUUUCACAACGCUGGGGAGGAGAAGCAAGUGCUGUAUCGGCGUGUUGGCAGGGAUGGGCAUUCUUUGGGUGCUUCUGACAGCAACCGGGGUCUUUGUCUACAGAAAGGCCCAAGAAGAGCCACCGUACGGACAGUCGCCGCCCUGGUAUCCCACACCGAAAGGAGGCAUUGCUGCUUCCUGGGCUGAUAGCUAUGCCAAGGCUUCCAAGAUGGUGUCGAAAAUGACAUUGGCGGAAAAGGUGAAUGUCACCACCGGCACGGGGUGGGAGAUGGGCUUGGCUGUCGGCACGAAUGCCCCGGCCAUUCAUGUGGGCUUCCCGCAGUUGCAACUGCAGGAUGGACCCCUGGGCAUCAGAUUUGCAGACAACAUCACCGCCUUUCCUGCUGGCAUCACGGUCGGCGCGACGUGGAACAGGCAACUGAUGUACGCGAGGGGCAAGGCUCAUGCCAUUGAGGCGCGGCAAAAGGGGAUCAAUGUCUUGCUUGGGCCUUGCGUGGGACCGCUAGGCAGGAUGCCAGCAGGUGGUCGCAACUGGGAGGGCUUUGGUGCAGACCCCUACCUCCAGGGCAUUGCUGGCGCCGAGACGGUGAAGGGAAUCCAGAGCGAGGGCGUCAUGGCGACGAUCAAGCAUUUUGUGGCCAACGAGCAGGAGCACUUCCGCCAGCCGUGGGAGUGGGGACUUCCUCAUGCCAUCAGCUCCAACAUCGACGACCGCACCUUGCAUGAGCUGUACGCCUGGCCAUUUGGCGAUGCUGUCAAGGCUGGUGUGGCCUCCGUCAUGUGCAGUUACAAUCAGGUCAACAACUCGUAUGCAUGCGGCAACAGCAAGCUCCUGAACGGCAUCUUGAAGGACGAGUUGGGCUUCCAAGGCUUCGUGAUGAGUGACUGGCUGGCCCAGCACUCUGGUGUCGGCACGGCGCUUGCUGGCUUGGAUAUGACAAUGCCCGGUGACGGGUUGGGCUGGGCUGACGGUAAAUCGCUUUGGGGUCCAGAGCUGUCCAGAGCUGUUUUGAACGGAAGUGUGCCCCUGGAGCGGCUGAACGACAUGGUGACCCGUAUCGUGGCCGCCUGGUACCAGCUCGGACAGGAUGACGAGAAGAAGUUUCCCAGGAAGCAGCCCAAUUUCUCGUCCUGGACAGAUGAAGAGAAGGGCGUGAUGUCUCCAGGCAGCCCAACCGAGCAAGAGCAAGUGGUUGUCAACCAGUUUGUCAAUGUGCAGGCAAAUCAUUCGGUCAUUGCGAGGGAGGUCGCGGCUGAAGGCACGGUCUUGCUCAAGAAUGAGGAUUUGCUGCCCAUCAGUCGUCAGGGGCUGAGUGACGAAAGGCUCAGGGCUAGAAGGGAUGCUGUCGAGCGUGCCACCGGGAAGCGCAGCGAAGGAAAGUUCAAGGUAGGCAUCUUUGGCGAGGAUGCAGGGCCGGGCAACGGCCCAAAUGCAUGCAAGGACCGCGGUUGUAACCAAGGCACGCUUGGUUCGGGCUGGGGUUCCGGUGCUGUCGAGUUCCCCUACCUUGUGUCACCUGUAGAGGCGCUGCGGAAGCAGUUUGACAAGUCCAAAGUCGAGCUCUCCGAAUUUCUGGACAACAAGGCGUCUUUCGGCAAGGGUGACGGCAGUCUGAAUGAUCUGGAACUGUGCAUCGUCUUUGCCAAUGCCGAUGCCGGGGAGGGUUUCACCAAAUGGGCGGAUGUCAGCGGCGAUCGUCCCGACCUGCGGCUUCAAAACAACGGCGACGACCUAAUCGUCAAGGUUGCCUCCAGCUGUGGCGGUGGCACUGGCGAUGUCGUUGUUGUCAUCCACGCCGUCGGACCUGUGCUUGUGGAAGAUUGGAUCGACACCCCGAACGUCAAGGCUCUGUUGUUUGCCAAUCUCCCCGGCCAAGAGUCUGGGAAUGCUCUGGCAGAGAUACUCUUCGGCGACACCAACCCAUCUGGCCACCUGCCCUUCACCAUCGGACGGACUCUGGAAGACUACGGCGCCGGUGGCAAGGUGCUCUAUCUUCCCAACGGAGUGGUGCCUCAGCAGGACUUCAAAGAAGGACUGUACAUUGACUAUCGUCACUUUGACAAGUACAACAUUGAGCCCAGGUUUGAGUUUGGCUUUGGGCUCAGUUACACAACCUUCAAGUUUGACAAUAUUGUGGUCAUCCCCCAGAGGAGGAAGACGCAGUAUCCCCUGCGCAGACCGAACCCUGCUGCUGAGCCUCCCAGCUACUCAACCGACAUCCCCAGCAAGGAAGAGGCAAUCUUUCCGCCCGAGAUUCGCAGGCUGGAAAAGUACGUCUAUCCGUAUCUGGACAGCACAGAUGAUAUCGAAGUGGGCCAGUACCCUUACCCUGACGGGUAUGAUCAGCAGCCACCCCUGAGCGAGGCUGGCGGUGACGAGGGUGGGAAUCCCGACCUGUGGUCAAACUAUGUUGUUGUGAAUGUCGACGUGAUCAAUGACGGGCCGGUUGCGGGAGCGGCGGUGCCGCAGCUGUAUCUGCAAUACCCAGAAACCGAAUCGGAAACCGACUUUCCCGUUCGCGUGCUGAGAGGCUUUGACAAGGUCCACCUCAAGCCUGGGGAGAAGAAGACGGUCAAGUUCAACCUUACGAGGCGAGACCUGAGUUAUUGGGAUGUCGUGGCUCAGAAUUGGGUCAUGGUGACGGAGGGGCCGUACGAGUUUUCGGUCGGGUUGAGUUCACGAGAUCUCUCCAUCAGCGGGACUUGGUAA